AUGGGAAAAGAGAGUGAGAACACAAUGAAAUGUUGAACAGACAGAGACAGUGUGGUUGAUCCAAAUAUUAACAUAGACAGAGUCUUCUUGCACCUAAAUUAGCACAAGAGGGGAAACAAACAAAGAAAAACACACACAGUAAGAAGAAUAAGAAGAAGAUUCUUCACAACCUGAAAGAAAAAACAAAAAAAAGGGACAGAAGAAAUGGGUGCUUCACAAUCAUCAACCUCAGAGAAAACCGUCCAUGAAUUCACCGUUAAGGAUGCUAGAGGCAAAGAUGUGAACCUCAGCACUUACAAAGGGAAGGUUCUUCUCAUAGUUAACGUCGCUUCCAAAUGUGGAUUUACUAAUUCCAAUUACACCCAGUUAACUGAGCUUUACCAAAGAUACAAGGACAAAGGUCUUGAGAUAUUGGCAUUUCCAUGCAACCAGUUUUUGAAGCAAGAGCCUGGGACUGGCCAGGAAGCUGAGCAAUUUGCCUGUACAAGAUUCAAGGCUGAGUAUCCCAUUUUCGGAAAGGUACGUGUCAAUGGAGCUGACACAGCACCUCUUUACAGAUUCCUAAAACAAAAGAAAGGUGGAUUUCUGGGGUCUAGUAUAAAGUGGAAUUUCACCAAAUUUUUGGUUGACAAGGAAGGGAAUGUCCUCCAGCGUUAUGGAACAACCACCACACCGUUGGCCAUUGAAAAUGACAUCAAGAAGGCAUUGGGAGAGGCUUGAAAGAAUCUACAAUCACUUCAAGUCAGUGCUUGUAUUGAGGAUGAUUGAGACAAAAGAAUGUAUAUUUGGUAGAUGAUGUUUCUUCUAGUGAAUAUUUAUUACAGAUUUCAUGUCUCUAGGGUUCUGUUUGUGUUUUGUAUUAAAGUCUGUUUUGGCCAAGUCUUUCUUUAAAAGCUGAUUGGUGGAAAUUAAUUUUGAUGUGUUA